AUGAACUCCGCAGCACCUCCGGAUAUGUCAGGGAUGGACGUCUUGGGGAUGAACCUCUCAAACCCAAGCUCUCAAUUGCCAGCGUCUCACCACGCUCACCCCUACGCAUCUUCGAUCUCCUCCUCCGCUUCCUCCUCUUCCUCCUCCGUAUUCUCCCUCGAUGGCGUCUCAUCGCAGAGUUCGGUAUCCUCGACAUCGACCAACCCAGUUGACGUGAUUUGGGAGAAUGAGGGUAAUAGCCAAUCGGCGGGAAGAAAUCCGAACGGAGCAUGCCCCCGGGCUUAUGCCAAGGGUCCUGCUUCCAAGGUGGACGGUGUAGUGCCAUCCGAGCUGCGCAUGCAUCCUCGGCGCACUAACAAUUAUUCUUCUAGCGCUCCCAAUGCGCGCCCUCCGCCAUGUCUGCUUCGGCAGUCAGAGCGGAAGGUAAACUUUGUCGAUAACCUCGUCGACACCGCUUCACAGAUUGUUGAGACUAUCUGGCCUCUUUCCGCCGCAGCAUCCCGUAGCGAUGCCGCGACCGGAUCAAAAGGAGUUCUUCCUCUCCGUACUUUCAUCCAGGAAACACUCCGCCGCUCGCGUACUAGCUAUAGUACCCUGCAGGUGGCUUUGUAUUAUUUGAUUAAGAUCAAACCCCACGUGCCCACUCAUGAUUUCACCAAGGAGCAGCCUCGGGAUCAGUCGCUUCUCCGGGCGAUGCAGUGUGGGCGCCGGAUGUUCCUGGCGGCGCUAAUUCUAGCUUCAAAGUAUUUGCAGGAUCGCAACUACUCCGCUCGUGCCUGGAGCAAAAUUUCUGGCCUCAACACUCUUGAGAUCAACCAAAAUGAGCUUAUGUUCCUCAAGGCUGUCGGAUGGCGCCUGCACAUCGACGAAGCGACGUUUCAGCGUUGGACCGAUUUGGUCUUGAAGUUGACCCCCGGUGCCGGUGGACCCCCGGUUGCUGAAGGUCAGUGCUGGCAGACUGUCCUACCCAGACUUACUCCUGAACUGGACUCUGCAGAGUCAGAGCCUAUGACCCCAGUCUCGACCAUGAGUGGGAUGGACCUCGGUCUGGCCGAAUCUCUGUCUCCGCGUAGCUUGCCGAGUAAUGAGUCAGUCCGCUCUUUGUCGCUUGAACAAACUCCCACCUAUGGUCGGAGUAUGCCGCGCCCCCUGGAGCCCACUCCGCGUAUGGAAUUUUCCAACUUUGCCAUGUCUGGUAUUCAACGCCCUACGAUGCUUCCCACCCCUCAGAUGACCCCCCAAUCUCAGGUUGCCUCUACUCCUGCUGCGAGUGUGGCUGCUUAUAAUCCCCAUCGCCCAUCCAUCUGUAAUGCUAUGUCUCAGGUGCAGAAUGUGUGCAUGGCGCGAUCGACCCUCGAUCAGCGCCCGCCUAUGUCAUUCUGCGCUCGGGGUCAGUCUUACGAUGUUUACCCGGCUGCGGCUCGUCGGUCAUCUUUGGCUCGCUCAACCUCAUCGGCAUCUUCGCCUGACUCGAUGGUAUCAGACGUGUCUACUCUGUCGUCCCGUUCGUCACGGUCGUCAUCAGUCUCGUCCACUGCCUCAGGUACUAAUGGCUCAGCUCCUGCUCGUUUGGCUGUCAAGGCCACUUUGCGCUGCACUAGUAAUUCUAUCAAGGAGUCCCGGAAACCUCUGGCUAUUGCCUCUCCUAUUGACGAGAGUUCUUUGGUCGGUGUCUACAGCUCUCCUGAAUAUCCCAGUUCCAUGGGUUCUUCGGUCCCCGAUCUGUCCCACUUUUCGCUGGAUGCCAGCCUGAGCGAAGCUGCUCAGAGCCUCUGCGAACUUUCCGGCGCUACGCCUGAACGACGCAAGUGCCGAAAACGUGGGCGUACGGGAUCCGACGAUCUCUUGCUUCAAAACCAUGUGCGUCACCUGAUCAACCUCGGGGCUUCUGGAGACCACUCGGUGUUGCCUGAUGGACAGCUCCCACGCUCCUUUAUGACUCAACACGAGAGCUUCAUUGCCCCCGUGCGAGGUGGCCCAGUCUCCGGACCAGCAGGCAUGAAACGCGCAUGCUGUGGCAGCGAAGCACGCAAGGUCGCUAUGAACCCAAGUCUUCGUGUUGCGGAGUACUUGAAUUGA